AUGAUAGCGAUACAAGUGGUAGUGUUUUUUGUUUCUUUGCUUCAUGUUACCUUGGCGGCUCCAGUGACGGUUUGGCAAACGACUACUGCAGUGACCAAUGCCGAUGGAUCGCUUUACACUUACAACCCAAAUGCUGAUGCUGGUGCUGAUGCUACGCUGGCCGUGGCCGCCACAACCGCUACUUCAGCUGCGAGCGCGGCAGCAACUGGUGGCUCAAGUUCAGGCUCGAGCAUAGGUUCCACUAUUUUGAGCUCAAUUCUGAACUGGUUGAGCAGCAAGAUUAACUCAGGCUCGAGAUCUAGUUCCAGCACGGCCUCCAGCUCCAGCUCUGGAUCUGGCUUCAGUUUCUCGUCUUGGCUCAGAAAUUUAUUCGAUAGCUUUGAUGGGGGUUCUGGUUCUGACUCUGGAACUUCUACUCAACAGCCUACAUCAACUGCUACAAGCACUUUUGAUUUCUGGGGCCCCAAGAGCUCUAGCACUUCUGCCUCCUCUACUAGCAGCUCUUCUACUAGCAGCUCCUCGGACUCUGGCAGCACUGGUGGACUUUACGAUGCUAUCUACAAUUCCAAAGAGGACAUCGAUGUUGACUUCGCCAAAGAUAUCUUGGAUGCACACAACAAGUACAGAGCUCAGCAUGGUGUUGGCGACUUGGCCUGGGCUGACGGACCUUACGAGUACGCAAAGGCGAACGCUGAUGCUUACGACUGCUCUGGUGUUCUUACUCACACUCACGGACAAUACGGAGAAAACUUAGCAGCUGGCUUCAGCAAUGGCCCUUCUGCCGUUAAGGCUUGGUAUGAUGAGGGAGAGACAUUCAACUACAACACUUACAAUGAGUACAACCAUUUCACUCAGGUUGUUUGGAAGGGUUCUCGCAAGGUGGGAUGUGCCUACAAGGACUGCCGGUCUAACAAUUGGGGAUUGUACAUUGUUUGUGAAUAUGAUCCUGUGGGCAAUGUCAUUGGUCAAGAACAGGCUAAUGUUUUGCGCCCAAUCUAG